AUGGGCGAUCUGCUCCAUAAGACAGCUUUAGUAACAGGAGGGGGCUCUGGAAUCAACCUGGAACUUGCAAAGGCUCUCAGAGCUAAGGGAUGUGCAGUCCUUAUUGCUGACAUUGCACUGAGUCCCACUGCCGUAGCAUGGCUUGAAUCUUUUAGACACGAAGUCAAACCCCAAGUGGUAUUUCACAAAACUGACGUAACUUCACUGGAACAGUUAGUUGGGGUUUUUGACGUCUUCGAGAAGAAGCUCGGUGGGGUACCCGAUAUCGUAGUGCCAGGUGCUGGCGUCUACGAAGGGUCCUUUCCUGGGUUCUGGGAUGACAAGGACGAAACACUAAACUACAAGCUUUUUGACAUUAAUAUGUUGCACCCCAUCAGAAUGACACGGAUCUCGAUCCGCAAGAUGCGGGAAGCAAAGAAGCCAGGCACCAUCCUUCACCUUUCCAGCAUUACAGCCCAAAAGCCCUCUGUUGUUCUUCCGCUUUAUUCUGUGUCAAAGGCCGCUGUCAGCCAAUUCGUUCGGUGCAUGGCACCUCUUGACCAGAUGUGUGGUAUCCGAGUAGUCGGUAUUGCGCCAGGUUUGGUUGAUACUCCUCUAUUUCGUGAUCACCCAGGAGCACAGGAUCACGUCGAUUUGUCAAAGGACUUUCUGCUGCCCACCAAGGAGGUUGUGAAAGCGAUGGUGGCAUUACUGACUGAAACCAAGUACGCUGGGGGGACGGUUUUGGAGGUUGGUGAUAUUGGUAGUUGGAGGGAAGUACACAUAUUGGGAGAUGCUGGUCCUCAAGGACGAUCAACUCGCGCAAGAGCCAAGACAACUGAUGCCACAGCCAAGCUUUCAAAAAUGUUGCUGGGAGAAGAGGAGAGUGUUUUGGGGUCUUCCAAAUUAUAG